CCCUCCCCCAUCUCCACCUUCCACCAUCCACCCUCCACACUCGAACUUGCUCCUCUAUUCACAUCCCCGUUCUAGCUGCAGCUCGUCCUCUGCACCACCGCCAUCAUGAAGAGCGCCAUGCUCCUCGCAGCCUCCGCGCUGCUCGGCUCCGCUUCUGCCGGCGUCCACAAGAUGAAGCUCAAGAAGGUCCCUCUGGCCGAGCAGCUGGAGCAUGCCAACAUGGGCGACCAAGUCAAGGCGCUUAGCCAGAAGUACAUGGGCACUCGCCCCCCGAUCAACACCGUCGAGGACAUCUUCAAGGCCCAGCCCAUCCAGGCCGACUCCGAGCACCCUGUGCCCAUCAAUAACUUCUUGAACGCCCAGUACUUCUCGGAGAUCUCCAUCGGCACCCCUCCCCAGACCUUCAAGGUCAUCCUUGAUACUGGCAGCUCCAACUUGUGGGUACCUUCGUCCGAAUGCGGCUCCAUUGCCUGCUACCUCCACAACAAGUACGACUCGUCUGCGUCAUCGACCUACAACAAGAACGGCAGCAGCUUCGAGAUCCGCUACGGCUCUGGUAGCUUGAGCGGAUUCGUGUCUCAGGACACUUUCACAAUUGGUGACUUGACGGUUAAGAAGCAAGACUUUGCCGAAGCUACCUCUGAGCCUGGCUUGGCUUUCGCCUUUGGCAGGUUUGAUGGCAUCUUGGGUCUGGGCUACGACACCAUCAGUGUGAACAAGAUUGUUCCUCCUUUCUACAACAUGGUCAACGAGGGCAAGCUCGAUGAGCCCGUCUUUGCCUUCUACCUGAGCGACACCAACAACGAAGGUAGCGAGUCUGUCGCCACUUUCGGUGGUGUUGACAAGAGCCACUACACCGGCAAGUUGACCAAGAUCCCUCUUAGGCGCAAGGCCUACUGGGAGGUCGACCUUGACUCCAUCACCUUCGGCGACGCGACUGCCGAGCUUGACAACACUGGUGUCAUCCUUGACACCGGUACUUCCCUGAUUGCUCUCCCCUCUACUCUUGCUGAGCUUCUGAACAGGGAGAUUGGUGCCAAGAGGAGCUUCAACGGCCAGUACACUGUCGAUUGCGACAAGCGUGCCGACCUGCCUGACCUGACCUUCACGCUGACCGGUCACAACUUCACCAUCAGCGCCUACGACUACAUCCUCGAGGUCCAGGGCUCUUGCAUCUCUGCCUUUAUGGGCAUGGACUUCCCCGAGCCUGCUGGUCCUCUCGCCAUUCUUGGCGAUGCCUUCCUCCGGAAAUGGUACUCUGUUUACGACCUUGGCAACAACGCCGUUGGCCUUGCGAAGGCCGCGUAAGUUAUCGGUAUUCAGUGAAUGAAUGAAUGGUUAUGGAUCGCACGGGUAGGUAAUUGAUAGUAUGGAUUAUCUGAGCAUGGGUUUCGCAAGCAGCAUCCCUCGAGACUGGUGCUAGGAUGUUAAGCUGGUUGGUCGACGAAUUGUGAUUUAUUCGCUUCCGCUAUUCCUGUACCAACAUCCGCAUGUGUUUUGCUGUAUGUUAUUCUUUCGAGCGAUGCUAAAGCGUCAACGAACUUGUACCCACUGGCUUUUAUGUAACACGAGCCGUAUCACAAUCGCCUUGCAAUGACGGCAUUCCAGUGUCGCGGUGUACGGAUUCCGGGCAGUGCUCGAGUUCCAUCCCUGAUCAUCCCCAGUUACACUCAGCAAAGCCCUCUGUGAGGUAUAGUAGGCGCAGAAAGACCAAUACAAGCCAUG